CUUCAGACAGAAACAUCAGACUCGGGACAGAAACACACAACCUCUAAAAAAUGGAGCAAACUCUGUAUUUCAUUCUUCUUCUCAUUGCUCUCUGCUCCGUAUCUGAAUGUGUUCAGCGUCAGUAUCACUUUAUAAACGAGAGGAAGACCUGGACUGAAGCUCAGAGAUACUGCAGAGAGAAUUACACAGAUCUGGCCACCGCUGACAACAUGAACGACAUGAACGAGCUGAAGAAGAGUGUGAAUGAUGGAAGUGUUCAGUAUGUCUGGAUUGGGCUGAAGAGGGCGAGUCGUGAAAAAUGGCAGUGGUCUUCAGGUGAACCUGUGCUCUAUCUGAACUGGGCUCCUGGACAACCAGACGGCAGUGAUUAUUGUGUUGUGAUGUUAAAUGCACAAUGGUAUGAUUGGCCAUGUAGCGCAACCCAACCUUUCAUCUGCAACAACAUGAACACAGGACUCAUCUUUAUCAAUCAGAUGAUGAACUGGAGAGACGCUCAGAGUUACUGCAGACAGAAUCACACUGAUCUGGUCAGUGUGAGAAACCAGGAUGAGAAUCAACAGGUUCAGAAGAUCAUUAGUGAUAAUCAUUUAUCUGGAUCACAUGUCUGGAUCGGUCUGUUCAGAGACUCAUGGCAGUGGUCAGAUCAGAGUGACUCCUCAUUCAGAGACUGGAAGUCUGGUCAACCUGAUAAUAGUGGAGGUGGUGAAAACUGUACAGCUGUUGAACUGAACGCUCAGGGAAAAUGGCAUGACGUCCCUUGCAGCACACCGUUUCCUUUUGUGUGUCAUGAAGAUAAACUGAUUGUGAUCAGAGAGAAUCUGACGUGGUCUGAAGCUCUGAGAUACUGCAGACAGAAUCAUGUGGAUCUGGUCUCGGUUCAUUCAGAAGAGAUUCAGCGUCGUGUGAUGAACGUGGUUAAACGAGCGUCUACUGCGGAGGUGUGGUUGGGUUUACACAACUACUGCAUCAUGAACAUGUGGCUCUGGGUGAGUGGAGAGACUGUGUGCUAUCAGAACUGGGCUCCAGGGAACGGUACAAAACAGGAAAACUGCAGACUUGAGAAGAGAAAAGGAGCAGUUCAGUCUGGAGGAGAUCAGCGCUGGAUCAGCCUUCCUGAAACUCACAAACUCAACUUCAUCUGCAUAAAAAAAGUGUGAAUGUUUUUGUUUACUUGCAUUCACUGUUCUAAUACUUCAUUAUUUUUCUGAUUUACUAUUAGACAUUUGAUAUUUGAUUACUUACAUUAUUUAGUAAGUUCUGAAAGAAUCUGCUGAUUGUACUUUAAAAGUUGCCAAAAGUCAGUUUUACUUCUGUAUUUUAAUUAUAAAAAUAUAGCGUGCUCUUAACACAAAUUUUUAAAUAUUCUUUAGAUUGUAUAAUUUACUAACAUAAUAUAUGUGUGUUUUAGAAAACUCUUUGUAGAUCUGGUUAUCUCAAAACCAUGAGAUAAACACAAGACCAGAUAAACAGAACAUCAGCUCAAAUAAACUUAUC